GCAACAUGUUUAAGUUUGAAAUAAACAACACGACAGUGUUUGAACUUUUGUGCACUUUUAUUACGAUAUCUUUGCUUUCGUGGUACUUGUACUACCUUUACUGCUUCAACUACUGGAAAAAGAAAGGUGUUCCCACAAUUCCCCCAAAAUUCCCAGCUGGAAAUAUCCUUAAACCGGUCCUGGGAAAAGAAAAUCUCUUCGUCACCAUUGAAAACUAUUACAAAGAAUUGAAACGCAGAGGACACAAACAUGCCGGAUUAUAUUUCUUCAAUGGCCCUGUGUACUUCCCAAUUGACCCAGAAAUUGUCAAGUCAAUCCUCACAACUGACUUUGACCAUUUUGUUGACCGAGGAGUCUUCGUUGAUGAACAAAACUUCCCUCUAAGUGCACACCUGUUUUCCAUGAGAGGUACCGAAUGGAAAAGCCUCCGAAUGAAGCUUUCCCCUACAUUCACCUCAGGAAAACUCAAAUCCAUGUACGAAAUUUUCAUCAAAAUGACUGAAAACUUCAUAAACGUUAUAAAACCAAAAGCGGAAAAAGAGGAGGAAAUUAAUAUAAAAUACACAUCGGCGAAUUUCACCACCGACAUUAUUUUUAACGCCGCUUUCGGAAUGGAAGGACACACUUUGGAGAAUCCGGAAAACGAGUUGUCGAAAGUUGUUUUAAAUGUCUUCAAUCCCUCCAACUGGUUGUUCUUCAAAACGAUAUUAAUUGAAGGGUUUCAAAAUCCGGGCAAUUUGCUCCGGGUGGUUUUAAGUAAUCGAUCGAUCGAAAAGUUCUUCAUGGAUCUGGUCCAAACAAGUGUAGAUCACCGUGACAAAAAUAAAAUUGUCCGGAAGGAUUUUUUGUCCCUACUUUUGGAAAUCAGAGUUAAAGAGGGUUUGACAUUGAAUGAAAUUGCUGCCCAAAGCUUCCUGUUCUUAUUGGCCGGGGCUGAAACCUCCUCACAGACGAUAAGUUACUGCAUCCACCAGCUUGCCUACCACCAGGAUUUACAAGAUAAACUGAGAAAAGAAAUUUUGGAUAAUUUGGGGAGCGAUUUUACGAAAUACACCUACGAGGACAUUUUCAAAUUACCCUACUUGGAUAAAGUGUUCAAUGAAACCUUGAGAUUGUACCCAGUCUUGGGAUUCCUUAACCGAAUUUGUGUUAAGCCCUACAAAAUCCCUGGCACUGAUAUAGUCAUAGAUGAAGGUACACCCGUUAUAAUUUCACUACUAGGACUUCAACGGGACCCUGAAUAUUUUCCUGACCCCCUGAAAUUUAAUCCUGAAAGGUUCAGUGAAGCUCAAGAGCAUGUCCCUUUCACGUUUUUGCCAUUCGGAGAUGGACCUAGAUUUUGCAUUGGUAUGCGUUAUGGAAAACUUCAAACUAAACUGGGAAUUGCUGCUCUUAUCUCACAAUUUAGAUUCCUGCCAAGUUCAAAAACUCCCAAAUUUGUGGAAUAUGAUACGCCCUCAAAAUCACUAGCUAUGGUGCCAGCAAAGGGGAUAACUGUGAAAGUUGUAAAACUGUGAUUUUUCACUGUUGGUUUUUUUUAACAAAAGAAAAAUGAGAAUAAAUUUAUUUAUUUUUUUAUUUAGAAAAAAAGCAAAAAAAUAUGCUGAAAGGGACAGUUGAAGUCACACUUUAACAAUUUUUGUGUGGACUCCAUUCAAAACAUUAAAGACAAGAGUGGUGGUACUUGGAUCAACAGCUAAAUGUCUCUUUUUAUUCCCCCAACUUGGAUUGUCAUCAAAGCAAUAGCUUUAGAAGGGCUAAAAAAUCCGGGAGGCAUUGUCCAGGCGUUUACCAGUGAUAAAUCAAAAGAAUAAUUUUUUGUCGAUUUAGUAAAAAAAACUGUAAAACACAGAGACGAAAAUAAAAUA